AUGUCCACCCAGCCUCUCCUUCAACGAACCGCUGGCAAGCGUAUUGCGCUUCCAGUCCGUGUCGAGCCAAAGGUCUUCUUCGCCAACGAACGAACUUUCUUGUCAUGGUUGAACUUCACAGUCACCCUCUCGGCUCUUGCCGCUGGCUUGCUCAACUUUGGUGACAAGAUCGGUCGUAUCUCUGCCGCUAUGUUCUCCUUUGUUGCGAUGGCAAUUAUGAUCUACGCUCUGUUGACAUACCACUGGCGUGCAAGUGCCAUUCGCAACCGUGGUUCGGGUCCUUACGAUGACCGGCUGGGGCCUACAGUUCUCUCCGUCAUGCUGUUGAUUGCUGUCUUGGUCAACUUUAUCUUGCGAUUCAACUCCUAA